GGUAUGAGAGGUUAUCUUUUACUGGUGGCAGCUCUUUAGCAGCGGCAGACACUGACAUGUACCCUAGAAGAUGAUGCGAAAGGCAAAGGCGGAGACAAGCCGAAAGUCACCUCCACCAUCUCAGGCCUGUCUAUCGAAAGCACAAAGCCAACCGCUAACUCGACUCCCGCCGCUGGUGCCGGGACAGGGAGCACAAAUAGCAAAGUCAUCGCAGUCGUAGUCGGUUCUCCAACUCUGAAUAAGUCUCUUGUCUUCACCCCCAACGAGAUCACUGCGAAACCCGGAGACGUCGUCCAAUUCCAGUUUUCCCAGGUGAAUCAUACGGUUACUCAAUCCACUUUCGCAGAGCCAUGUAUGCCCGUUCAGCAGUCUGAUCCCAAUGCAGCGGGUAUUCAUAGUGGGUUCGUACCGGGAGGAAGUGCGAACGAGACGACCGUGCAGACGUUUGAUAUGCCGAUUAAUGAUACGACCCCGAUGUUUAUCUAUUGUGCGCAAGGUCCACAUUGUCAGUUGGGCAUGGUUAUGACUAUUAAUGCGAAUAAUGGAACAGAGAAUCUCGCAGCCUACAAAGCUGCUGCGGCCAAUGCAACGGCAAACGUUCCUGCGAACAACUUCAAGGGUGGUGUCCGUGGUAGCAUCCCCAAGGCUGAUGCUGUCCCACCACCUGUGUAGGUUAUUCCGCCUGUCUCGAAGAGGAGAAACGAGAAGGAUACUCUGUAUAUAUAAGGUUAUUCAUUGUGUUGCGCGCUUUUGAUAAGCGGGAAUUAGGGAAAACGAGGAUAUCUUUGGAAGCGGUUCUGCGAGCUGCGCUUGUCUCCUUGUAUCAUUUCGAGUAGAAUAUUUAGUGUAUAUAAUUAUUUCCCACAAGAG